AUGGAGGAUGAACUUCUUUCAGGAUGCUUACUCAGAUAUGAAGAAGAGGAGAGAAAAAUUGAAGUAGCUCCAGGGAGAUACAAGCCAUCUCUUCAUCACAGCCUUUUAGCUUGCCUGUAUGUGUGGUAUGCACAUGCACAUAGAAUGGAAAGUAUUGCCCAUGAGAGCUGGUAUGAGACCAGCAAAAUGCGUCUUCCAGCAGCUGUCGUGAUCGUCUACCCGGACCUCCUCAGCCAUGAUGACAUGCUGUUCUCCGACAUCUACAAGACCGGGGAGAUUUUGGACAGGCUGUGCCUGGAGGUGGAGGGGAAGGUGGUCAGUGGGACAGAAGGUAACGUUGAUGACUCACUCAGUGGUGGAAAUGCCUCUGCUGAAGGCCCCAGUGGCGAAGGUACCCAAAGCACAGUAAUCACUGGUGUUGAUAUUGUCAUGAACCAUCAUUUGCAGGAAACCAGCUUCACAAAAGAAGCCUACAGGAAGUACAUCAGAGAUUACAUGAAAUCAAUCAAAAGGAAACUUGAAGAACAAAGACCAGAAAGAGUAAAACCUUCUAUGGCAGGUGCUGCACAACUAAUCAAGGACAUCCUUUCUAAUUUCAAAAAAUACCAGUUCUUUAUUGGUGAAAACAUGAAUCCAGAUGGCAUGGUUGCACUGCUGGACUACGGUGAGGAUGGUGUGACCCCACAUAUGAUUUUCUUUAAGGAUGGCUUACACGUAGAAAAAUGUUAA